AUGGUCAAAAUAGAAAGUAAAUUAAGGAAAUGGCUUGUGAUAAAUCCAUUUCGCUCGAAGAAAGAGAAAAAUCUGGAAUCCAGCGUUAAUCGAAUUGCCAUUUCUAUGCCUCUAUCAAAUGAGAAAAUUGAUAGCCAGUUCAAGCUCAGCGAAAGUGAAAUGAUUGAUCGCCAAAAAUGUAACCAAUACAACAUCAGUAUUCAAAAUAAACACAUAACCCCAAUCUUGCUGACUCGAAUAUGCAGCACAGGAAAGGUUUCAAUUGUGAGUGAAUCGACGAAUUUCCGAAACUCGAUUCAAGCAAAUGAGUGUGAUGAUGUGGAUUUUGAUUUGGAGAUGAACAUCGAGAAAAGCACAUCGUGCAUGAGAUGGAGUGCGGCUCAGCUGCAGAAAAAUUCGAAUCACAACUCGUCCACCUUGAUGACGGCCUCCCAAUAUCCAGAACUGGAGCUCUUAGUUCCAAUAUCUAUAACCGGGAAGCGUAGCCUGACGGAUUUCACUUCGUUUAAUGAGUCAAGGGAGGACUGGAAUGAAACCGAAUGCUUUUCCAUUGGAAAUGUGGACAUAGAAACUUACCAAACUUAUUGCGGCUUAGAAAAUUCACAUGACAGGAAAAGAGUAAGGCUAACAAAUAAUGCUAAUACGUUCACACCACUAGCUAACCCCAGAUCGAGUUCAAUACGAACUUCAGCGCAUUCGAUUCUUCAAUCGAAGGAUACUUACGGAGUUCAACUUUACAGAUCUGAAAUGCUACACUUAAUACAGGAGCAGAAGCUUACGUUUGCUCGCCAGAACUCGGAAAUUCUCCACUUGAAGCAGUUACUAGCUCAGGAAAGACGAAUCAACGCUAUCCUUGCCACGCCACGGUCACGUCAAACCCCUCCCACUUCACCAAACGCUUCAGAGCCAGAUAUAUCAGUGGAAAGUGACCAGCCAAAAAUACCCCCCAAGACGCUUAGGAACCGGUUCAUACCCAUUGAGAUCACUACCGUUGAUAUUCCCGAACAAGAUUUGGCUCCCAAGAAAGAUUUUAAACAAUUUAAUUUACUCCCUCCAUACGUACACAGAGAAAAGAGUGUCACUACUGAAGAUAACGAAUCUUCAAAUUCACAAGACCUGUCUGGCACAGGAUUUGGAUCUUACCGCUCUGCGAGUAACGACACGAUCAGCACAUCUGUAUUUUGCGUUGAAACAAAGAAUAUCUUAUGA